UCCCCAGUUGAGGUCCCCCUCCAUUUGUGUUGCUGUCCUGUCUCCUGGGAGCUUCUUUGAAGGGUGCAGUUGCCACCUUAUCAUGGGAUCCAGGAGUUUCAAGAUCUAGCCACAGAUGCAAUGCCACCAAAGAACAGACUCGUGAGAAUUUCUGAUAAGGAAAAUAGAGUUUGUCCAAGCCAGACCUGUGGUUUCCAGCGCUUACUUUCUCCUACUUUGAAGAUAUAAAAGCAGGAACCAGGACAGGAACACACCAGAAGCUCACCCCAGGCUGCACCGCUGGCACAAUGCAGGCCCUGCUCUUCCUGAUGGCUCUUGUCUUGCCUUCUGGAGCUGGAGCUGAGAAAUCACAGUCACCCUUGGAGCCCAUGACGUGAGCAAGCGAGAAUCCACACAGCAGAAGCUAAAAGUCGAAAAGCAAAUCAUUCACAAAAAUUACAAUUUCUUUUCCAAUAUUCAUGACAUCAUGUUACUGAAGCUUGAAAAACAAGUUGAGUUGACUCCUGCUGUGGAUGUAGUUCCUCUGCCCAGUCCUUCUGACUUUAUAGACCCUGGGACCAUGUGCCAGGCAGCUGGAUGGGGGCAAACUGGAGUGACAGAUCCUACCUCAUAUACAUAUACACUGAGAGAAGUUGAAUUGAGAAUCAUGGAUGUAGAGGCCUGUAAAAUCUUUAGUGAUUAUGACUAUAAUUUCCAGAUGUGUGUGGGCAGUCCUGGAAGGAUGAGAUCACCAUAUGAGGGAGACUCCGGGGGGCCACUACUGUGUGCUGGUGUGGCCCAUGGUAUUGUAUCUCAUGGACGAGAAGAUGCAAAGCCCCCUGCAGUCUUCACCCGAAUCUCCCCAUAUGUGCCCUGGAUUAAUAUAGUCCUAAGUGCAAGUAGCUGAAAAGCCUGACCUGCAUGAGUCAGACUCUCCAAGCCUGAGCUCAUCUGGUACACUUUGGGUUCAACAUAGCCUGUCUCAAACAGUCCCUAGACUGUCCCCAGCUGUCUCGAAGACAAUCUCAAAGAUAGAGAAGUCUGUGAUGGUAAAGCACCUCAAUAAAAACAUAACU